AUCGAUCAAGAUCAAGGCACCCCCCGGGCAUCUAUUUCCGGCCCCAUUCCCCUCCCGCGCGCGCCUCCCCAGACGUACUACUCGGUCGAUUGAUCUGCCCACCAAGACACACAGUGCAAAACAAAACAAAAAUCACUUGCUGCUCUUCCAGCCACUCACUCGUCGAUCUGCUUCCCGGCUUGGACAAUGCCGUCGCGCUGAGAUUGAUCGUUGUGAUGCCCUCCUCUGCCGGCGGCAGCAGCAACAAGGUGAUGCCCAGGUCCAAGGCCUCCUUCUUCCUCUACGGCCUCCUCCUCUACGUGCUCCUCCCCGUGCUCGCCGUCUACGUCGUCGCCCUCGCCCUCUCCCCGCUCUACGCCUGCCCUCCGCCCGCCGUUCUUGACACCAACAACAAUGCCGUCCAUCUGCAGUCCCGCCUCGCAGAUCCCAACUCCUCGUCCUCGAUGAAUCAGCUAAUGAACCCGGCGCCGAAGAAGAAGAAGCCGAGGGCUCCCACGGGGCUGCGGCACAUCCUGUUCGGCAUCGGCGCCUCCUCCUCCCUCUGGAAGAGCCGCAAGGAGUACAUCCGGGUCUGGUGGCGGCCCGGCAAGAUGCGCGGCUUCGUGUGGCUCGACAAGCCCGUGCCCGAAUACUACCUCAACGCCUCUUCCAGCCGCGCCACGGGUCUCCCGGGCAUCAAGCUCAGCGCCGACACGUCCUCGUUCCCCUACACCCACGGCGCCGGCAGCCGCUCCGCUUUACGCAUCUCCCGCAUCGUGUCCGAGAGCUUCCGCCUGGGCCUCCCCGGCGUGCGCUGGUUCGUCAUGGGCGACGACGACACCGUCUUCUUCCCGGACAAUCUGGCCGACGUGCUGUCCCAGUACGACCACACGCAGCCUUACUACAUCGGGAACCCCUCCGAGAGCCACAUCCAGAACCUCAUCUUCUCCUACGGCAUGGCCUUCGGCGGCGGCGGGUUCGCCAUCAGCCGCGCGCUUGCCAUCCAGCUCGCCCGCAUGCAGGACGGCUGCAUCCAGAGGUACCCGGCGCUCUACGGCUCCGACGACCGGAUCCACGCCUGCAUGUCGGAGCUCGGGGUGCCGCUGACGCGCCACCUGGGGUUCCACCAGUGCGACAUCUGGGGCGACGUGCUGGGCUUGCUGGGCUCUCACCCGGUGGUGCCGCUGGUGACAUUACACCACUUCGACUUCCUCCAGCCCGUGUUCCCGACGAUCAAGUCACGGACUGCGGCGCUCAGGAGGCUCUUCGAUGGGCCAGUGAAGCUCGACCCGGCUGCCGUGGCGCAGCAGUCGGUGUGCUACGAUGUGGAGAAGCAGUGGACGGUGUCCGUGUCGUGGGGGUUCGCCGUGGUGGUGAUCCGGGGCGUGCUGUCGCCGAGGGAGAUGGAGACUCCCAUGCGCACGUUUCUGAACUGGUACCGGAGGGCGGACUACACGGCGUAUUCGUUCAACACGAGGCCCGUGGCCCGGAACCCGUGCCAGCGGCCCCAGGUGUACUAUAUGCGGAGGUCGAGGUUGGAGCAUCGCAGGGUGGCGAUAACAACGGCUGUGGUGACCACUACGGUGACGGAGUACGAGCGCCACCGCGUCGUGCCGCGGGUCACGUGCCGCUGGCGCAUCCCGGACCCUGUCGACUUGCUCGACCGCGUCGUGGUGGUCAAGAAGCCCGACCCCGACCUCUGGAAACGGUCGCCGAGGAGGAAUUGCUGCAGGGUGGUGUCGUCGCCCAAGAACGGGACCAAGGUCCGGACCAUGGCCAUCGACGUCGGUGUCUGCAAGGAUGGCGAGUUCGCCCGAGUUUAA